GCUCACGAACAGCACAGACAUUUGCGUGUAGCAACCAUCCUGUAUAAAUACUCUUUCUUCUAACAAUGAGGUUGCGUAUUUAGGAGGAAACGACUUUCUCCCUCAUAAAAUCGGGGUGUAGAAUAAGCGAACAACAGAAAGCAAUCAAAACCAGGAAAUUGUAACAAUCUUCGUGAGACGAACUUAGUUUCUUUCACAUUACCCAGGGGUGCUUCGUUGUGUCAAUCUUGUUUCAGUGUUAUCCUUGGUGUGGAUUUCCAAGAAGAAUUCGGCGACAAUGGCAGCCAAGAGAACGGCUAAAACGGCGGUAAAUGUUACCAAGGAUUCAUCGCUUUAUGUCUCAGACGAUCAAGAUUUUGAAACAGACCUGGAAGACGAUCUCGAGGACAGCCCCGACACACCAAACAAGACAACAACAGAACGUUACCUCGAUGCCUGCGACUCCCUGAACACAGUUCCAGUCACCAAAUUUGUUCGUCAGUGCACAACUGGUCAUGUAGACCUAAAGCAUUAUGGAAUCCGGGACAUCGGAGCCCAGGCCGUCGCCAUUGCUUUGGAAAGGGACAUAAUAGUGACAUAUCUAUGUCUUCAUGACAAUGGCAUUGGGGACGUGGGUUCAGUUGCUUUGUCCAGAAUGCUGAAAGACAACUGCUUCGUGUCGAAUUUGGACCUUUCUGAAAACAAGAUUGGAAAGGAAGGUGCUCGAGCUAUUGCCGAGAUGUUACUAGAGAACGCCUCUCUGCAGGAAGUGAACUUGAGUGGUUGUGGAAUUCAUGGUAAAGAUAUCAAGCAAUUCUUGGACGCGUUGUCUUUCAAUCCACACUUAAAGAGCUUGGAUUUCAGUUACAAUGAUCUGGGAGACGAAGGUGCCAUUCAUUUGGGACGAGCCCUUUCAGCAAACCAAAAGGUGGAAUUCCUUGAUAUUAGCUGGAACAACAUCCGGGCAUCGGGAAUCGAAGCGCUCGCUAAGGGACUCGCGGGGAAUACGAAAUUGCUAGAACUUGAUCUCUCCUGGAACUGUUUCCUGGACGAGGGAACGACUCAUCUCAGUUCUGCUCUGGCGCAAAACCGUUGCCUGAAAGUGUUGGAGAUGCAUAGCUGCGGGAUUCACACCGCUGGGGCUUUCAAGAUCGCAGACGCCCUCAAGAAAAAUCAAAGCCUUGAAGUUCUCAGGAUCGGAAAGAAUCCUUUCCAAAGCUCAGGAGCUUGCUCACUUCUCCGGAGUGUAAGAUGCAACCAGACUGGGGCCCUUCGUGAGCUUCUGCUCGACGAUGUCGUGUUCGACGAUGAAUGCGUGAAAGAAUUGUCUUCUCUUCUCGAGGAACGGCCCAACUUUACCUGCUCUUGGGACGUCAGCAUUCGAGGCGGACACGCGGUAAAAGGAAAAAAGAGAAAGCCAGACGUUGUCGAGAUUUUCCUUACUUUUGUCCGGACGCGGGGACUUCGUCUGAUUGACUUGUUCAGAAUGCUGGCCAAGGACGGCAAUGCUACGAGUAUUUCAAAAACCGAAUUCAUUGCAGGAAUGAAAAAACUCAAUGCUCCACUCAAAGAUCACCAACUGAGAGCGAUGUUCGAGGUUUUAGAUGUGAAUCAUGAUGAUCUGGUGGAGUUCUACGAAUUCCUUGGUUCGAGGAGUCACUAUUUGAAAACAGUGCGGAAAUAACACUAUUCCUCUCUUGCCAUAGAAGACUUCACUAAUCUUACGAAUGCACCAAAUGGGAAACAAACCAGAGCUUGCAAGGGAUGGCAACGUCGGCUCACACGAGGGGACUAGUCCUUGCGACUAGUCACUGUAACAAGAUAAGUCCCAUCGUGUGAACUAGCCAUUUUUGCCACAAACUGGUCUGAAAUUUUGAGACAAGUCCCU